AUGAGUGGCUGGGUGCACCCUCCCAGAUGGGGUGAGGAGCUCAGUUACCCGGGAGGAGCUCAGAGUGUUACAGACAAUCCCAGCCACACGGCUGCAGUGAUUGCUGCCAUCGUCCUCAUCCUCCUGCUGGGCAUAGCAGGUCUGGUUUACUCCAGGUGCCACCUCAACAUCAAGCUCUGGUACAAAAACUCCUAUGGAGACUAUGAACUCAACGAUGGAAAGCUGUAUGAUGCCUACAUCUCUUAUGUCAGCAAUGACUAUGACAGAAAGUUUGUCAACUUUAUCCUCAAACCUCAUCUGGAGAAUAAAAAUGGGUACAAGGUUCACCUCAAUGACAACGAUAUCCUCCCUAACACUGAGCCUUCAGCAGAGUUCCUAAUGAACAUGAGCCGCUCCCGCCGGCUCAUAGUGCUCCUCUCUCACCCUUAUCUCGAACAGGAUUGGUGCACAAACAAUUUCAGGUCUGUCUCAAGCAAAGCAAAUUUGCCUAUAUAUGAAAUGGACAUUAAAGGUGUGAUAGAAUGAUUCUAUAGGGUAUCU